AGCGUUCGAUGUAUAACAGUUUUUAGUUCAGUAGACAGUACGGGAACGCGUUAGCAAUAAUAUGAAAUUCUUGAAUUGCUGAUCGAAUUUUUGUUGGCGCUAAAUUGAACGUUAUCGCAUUUUUUUUCGAUACGUGUGUUUUGAUCAGUGCCGUGGUUGGUAUUUGUUAUUCUUUUGUUACAUUGCCACACUCUUCGUUUGUUCGCUUGCUAUUUUGGGUGGUGAACCUAACUUUUUAUUUACGGAAGAGAAGCUGAAAACUAUAUGAAUGGAUGUACAGGAAAUUAAAAAAGUUGUUGCCAAUUCUCCAAAAUCGAAGACCAGCCAAAAACAAACAUCAAAAAUGAAAAUGAGCAAAGUGGGAAAUCAGACGAACUCUCAGGAUCCUCAAGCAGUUAACUCGAGAGUUUUUGUUGGUAACCUUAACACAUUCCAGUGCUCGAAAACCGACGUAGAAAGAAUGUUUCAGCGUUACGGACGUUUGGCUGGUAUAUCUAUGCACAAAGGUUACGCAUUCGUGCAAUUCACAAACCCCUUUGAUGCAAGAAGUGCUUGUUUAGGUGAAGACGGCAGGACCGUACUCAGUCAGAUUUUGGAUGUUAAUAUGGUGGCAGAACCAAAACCACACCAAACUGGAAGGAAACGACAGAAUAUGACAAAAACAGGCAACGAUUGGGACUACUACUAUGACAGUUAUUACGCAUCAUCCCCGUUUCCUAUUGGUCCACCACGUGUUGUUCCUCCUAUGAAAAGGCCGCGUUUGAUGUCAACUGGAAGGAAUAAGAGCAAAGAAUCGAAGAAAAGUUUCACCCUGCCUCCUUUAGAUCAACUCAAAACAUAUAGCAAUCCGGACAUAUUAAUUUGCGGUAACUGCAGAGAAAUGUUCACGGAACUUCAGGAACUCCUGGAACACAAGAAAACUUACUGCAAAUUACGCUUCACUUGCAAGUGCGACGCGUAUAAUGGCGACAAAAGGAUGAACGGUGAUGAUCAAUCGUCAGCGUCACUGUUAUGUGUCCAGUGUAAGGACUCCUUCCAGAAUUCAUGGGAUCUUAUGGUCCACGCCCAAGCAGCACACAUGCUUAACAUAUACGAAUUAGGGGUGCCAAAUAUGAACAACUGUAAUUCCCCGCCGCCUUCGCCUGACACUGGCAACGAUAAGGACAAUAAAGGUCACGAGCACGCAGAUACAGACGAUGCUGAUUGUCACAAUGGUGACCAAGAUUUUUUAAGUGAAAAUGGCAGGGAUGACCAUAUGAAUUCGCCCGACUCCAUGAGCAGUUCUCGCAACGAAAAAGAAAUCGAAGACAUAAUCAAGGUGGAUCCAUCCACAGAAAAUUGUAUAAAACACGCCCUGAGUAUUUUGAGCACCCCCACAUCUCAUCCAGGAUCUUCCCCACCUACCCUCGCGGCCACUGCACCGACAAGUGAAGAUUGGAAAAAUCAUACAAGUCUUUCCCCAAAAUGUGGAAACGCACCAGCGUAAAUUGACUUCAAUCUGCCCCCUUAAUCUAGUCAUAUUGCUAUUCAAAUCAUAUUUGUAUUAUUUUCUGUAAGUUAUAAAAAAGGACGUUUUAUCAAUACGAUAUUUGUAUAAAGAAAAUGUAGUUUAAUCGGCCUUGGCUGUAAUUUAAAUGUUUCCUCGGGUGUCACAAUAAAGCAUUUUAAACAUU